AUGGCCUCCUCAAACAAACGAGAAAGUGGUUUUUUUGAUAAUUCAUCAUUAUCGAAUAAUAAAUCACUAUCAACAAAAUGUAAAGAUCUCUCGAUUGCAGAAAAGUCACUCACGUUUGCCAUACAAGAGUUUGAAAUUUCAAAACAUCAUAGAGAUUUAUGUGCUAAAGGAUUGGAGGCAGCUAAACGUGGCCAAGAUACGUUGGAAGGAAUUGCUAAAUUAAUGUUUUCUAAUAAACCGUCUUCUAAUGAGUCUUCAAAUGAAAAGGAUGAAGAAAUAAUGGUUAAUCAUAGAUUUCAGGAAUUCAUCGAAGAAUCUGAAAUUUUUCAAAAAUUUUAUAAUAGUUUCUGGGAGGCCGGUCUUUUUAUCGGUCACAAUGAUUGUACCGAGAUUGAAGCCCGUGAAAAAAUUUGUCGUCUAAUGAAUGAAUUGGACCAAACGAAUGAGGAAUUGCAAAAUGCAAUUGAAGAAUGGAAAGCCAAACAGAAUUAUUGGUACCUAAUUAAACAUAAGGUCAUGGCUUUUGCUAAAUUCCUUGUUAUUCCUAAUAGACGAUUGGAACAAUAUGACUGUGAAAUUGUUGAAGGAAAACUUUCGGGGAGUGAGAUAGUUAGAGGAAGUAAAGGUCAUAUAGUUCAACGAAUUUAUUUAGGAUGUAUAAAAGUUGCUGAAACGACUAUUUGUCAGUAUGAUGAUGGACUUUUGUGUGAAUUAAAGAAAGAAAUUAAAUUUGUGCAAGAUCUUUGUUGGGGAGAUUAUAACUUGCAAACCUAUCUUGCAGAACAUCCGGACCUUAGUUUAACAUAUAAGUUGUCAAUUGCACGUGGAAUUGCUAAUGCAUUGGAUUUUUGCCAUGAACAAAAUAUUUUACAUUAUGAUGUUAGAACUGCCAAUGUGUUACUCGAUAAAUAUUUAUAUCCUAAGCUGUAUAAUUUCCGAAUUGCUAAAGAAUCUUCAGUGAUGUUGAAAUCAUCAUCAAUAUCGCCUGAAACUUUAAGGUGGAGCUCACCAGAGAGAAUCCGCGGUGAAGAAUACGAUGAGGCUAGCGAAGUAUACAGUUUCGCGCUGGUCAUGUGGGAGAUUGAAUAUCGGAAAUUGCCUUUUGAUAUCUUAGCUUCGGAGGAAGAAAUCACAAAUAAAAUACUUGCCGGAUACCGCCCAGAACUUACACCAGUAAAUGGUAUACUAGCAAAAUAUCAAGAAAUUAUCGAACAAUCUUGGUCACAAGAUCCGUCUCUGCGCCCUGAUAUGAGAACAAUCCACGAAAAUCUAAAUAAACUAAACAUGGCAUAUUUUUCUGAACAAGAUGCAGAUGAUGAUGACUAUAUUGAUUGUAUUGUAGAUACAGGACCAUCAAAUGAUGAAAUAUUAAAAUAUUUGAAAAUUGGAAAUCAUAGCAUAUUUAGUCAAUAUUCACCCAGAUCUGAUAAAAUAGAACAAGGUAUUAAAUAUCACCAAAAGAAAAAAUAUAAACAAGCAUGGGAGACAUUUCAAGAAUGUCACCAUCUCAAUUCUGAUGACCCACAUGCAAAUUUUUGGGUGGGAUUUUAUCACCUUAAAGGACAUCAUGUUAAAAAAAAUGAUCAAAAAAGCAUGAAAUACCUCAAAAGAGCAUCAGAAUUACAACAUCCGGAUGCACAAUAUUGGUACGCAUAUAAUUUGUUAAAUGGACCAGUUGUAUUUAAUGGAAAUAGAUUGGGAAUUAUCAUCAAAAAGGAGACUUUCUUAUUGGAAAAACAAUGA